GUGUGCAACCUAGGACUAGUAUAAAGUAAAGAGUAGGACUAGUAUAGAGUAAGAGUGAGUAAUGGAGAGAGUGUCUCUCAAUGAGUCUUUCCUUAUAACCCAUAUCCAAUAUUGAAGCUUUCUUAUUUCACUUUCACGAGUCUUAAAGUUUGAGUACAAAGUUCUUAUCAUCUUCUGCAUAAAGUUUAUUUUACUCUCAACUUUCUGCUCUGUGACAGUGAUCUGAUGUCAUUGUCGAAAUAAAUUAUUUGAUUUAUUGGUUAUACAGAACGAAUCUCGAUCUUGAUGGCUUAUUUUAUUACAUCAUCACUCACCAAACUCGAUGUGGCAGGAGAUAAGAUAAGAUGCUUAAACUAAUUUGAAAAGAUCAUAUAAUUAAAUAGGAAACUUUUUUUAUCUUUUCGCAAAAGUGAGAAAUAAAGAUUUAUCUUCUUUUACGUGAGGUCAAGAUUCUCUGGCUGUUAAAUAUAUAACGAGAGACACGGACAAAGGCAAUGACUUUCUUUACCCUAAGUUAGUAGAGUGAUCAUAGAGCGUUUGAUUUCAAAGCAAUAUUCUGUAAUGGAGGUGAUUCACGCAUGGUCUGCUCCAAGAUCACUCAGCACAUCUCUCAUGUACUCCUUUGCUCAGAGAGAUGACACUGAAGUGCAGGACGAGCCAUUAUACGCUGCAUAUCUUAAAUCUACAGGUGCUGAUAGGCCAUACAGAGAUGAGCUUCUCUCUAAGAUGGAGUGUGAUGGAGACAAGGUGGUGAAGGACAUCAUUUAUGCCCCAGGGAACAAGAAAUAUAGGUUCUGUAAGCAUAUAUCGAAACAGAGACUUCUUGGUUUGCCAAGUGAGCUCAUGAGCAAAGGGAAGCACUUUAUCUUGAUACGCAAUCCCCUUAACAUAUUGCCUUCCUUUGAGAAGGUGCACCCUUUAUCAUUUUCCGAGUUGGGAUUGGGAGAGUUAGUUUCGAUAUACAGCGAUCUCUGUCAGAUGGGAACACCACCAGCAAUCGUCGAUGCAGAUGAGCUUCAGCAAGAUCCCGAGGGUACAUUACGUGGUCUUUGCAAUGACUUGGAGAUACCGUUUCAAGCCUCUAUGCUUAAAUGGGAGGCUGGUCCAAUACCAGAAGAUGGACUAUGGGCUUCAUGGUGGUACAAGACUGUUCACAAAUCAACAGGGUUUUCGUCUCCUAGCAACUAUCCUCAUACAUUCCCUUUGAAGCAUUACGAUUUGCUGGAGCAAUGUUUACCGCUAUACAACAUCCUCAGGCGCCACGUGAAGCAUAAGUCCUCUCUCUUGACCAGCACCUUAACUCCUCCCAGUCUUCCAGUUCCUGAAAACGCUAAGCUUUUCGCUUGGGUUGGUGAUGAGAUUGUGCCACGUGAGAUGGCGAAGGUUUCUGUUUUUGACUCGGUCGUGCAAGGAGGUGACUCUGUAUGGGAAGGUCUUAGGAUAUACAAAGGGAAAGUAUUCAAGCUUGAAGAGCAUCUAGAUCGAAUGUUCGAUUCAGCAAAGGCUCUGGCUUUCAACAAUGUCCCAACCCGGGAGGAGGUAAAAGAAGCCAUCUUCAGAACUCUCAUAACCAAUGGGAUGUUUGACAAUACACAUAUAAGACUCUCUCUAACUCGUGGCAAAAAGGUCACUUCUGGAAUGAGCCCUGCAUUCAACCGUUAUGGGUGUACUUUGAUCGUACUUGCCGAGUGGAAGCCUCCAGUAUAUGACAACGAUGGUGGGAUCGUGCUGGUGACUGCAACUACUCGCCGCAAUUCACCCAACAAUUUGGAUUCUAAGAUUCACCACAACAACCUCCUCAACAACAUACUCGCAAAGAUUGAAAGCAACAAUGCCAAUGUGGAUGAUGCAAUCAUGCUUGACAAGGAUGGCUUUGUGUCUGAAACCAAUGCAACCAACAUUUUCAUGGUGAAGAAAGGCCGAGUUCUCACUCCCCGUGCUGAUUAUUGUCUCCCAGGCAUCACCCGAGCUACUGUCAUGGAACUGGUGGUGAAAGAAGACUUCAUCCUAGAAGAACGAAACAUCAGCUUGUCGGAGUUCCAUACAGCUGAUGAGGUAUGGACUACAGGAACUAUGGGAGAACUUAGCCCGGUUGUGAAAAUUGAUGGACGAGUGAUCGGUGAAGGAAAAGUAGGACCGGUAACAAGAAGGUUGCAAAACGCUUACAAGAAACUGACCGACGAUUCUGGCGUCCCAAUACCUACUUACCAAAAGAACCUGAACACAUCAUGUGUUUGAUCAAUAGAACACACAAGGACCACUAUUUAGAGUCGUUAAAUUUACAAGUACUGUAAACCCACUUUUUGGGGGAGGUAAAAUGUUAAGAUAAUAAAAGUAUAAAACCACAUUUGAGUUAGUGAUCACGAUAGAGAUAUGAAGCUUCGAUUAUAGAGAGUAUUGGGCCAGACACUACCAAGAUGCUAAAGCCCAAUACGAAUGAAGAUGUGAAGCCCAGCUCCAGCUCUCCUUCCUUUUCUGUUACAGAGCAGAACGCUCAAAGAUCAUGCAAAGCGAGUGCAAUGAGUACGACAAGGCCAGCUCACUACCCUGCAACUUCUAAUAGAUUUGAUUGUCUUAUUCAUUUUUCAAUGACACUGCCUUUACUAGGUUAAAGUGUGAUUCUUGUAUAAAUAGAGAAUGACGUUGUAAAAGAUCUUUAAACUGAAUAAAACUAAAGUUU